AUGGACUUCAUUAUAAAAAUUGGAAUAGAUGGUCAUCAAUUCCUUUUAACACUUUAAGCAGAGAAUAAACGAUUACAAUAUCUGUAAGAAUAAAUUUAGAUUGAAACAAAAGUUGAAGUGAAGAAUUAAUUACUUUUAACAAAGAAAGGAGUCAAAUUGGAAGAUUUAAAUUAAUUUGAUGUUGAUCAAUAAUUGCAAUAAACAGUGUAAUAGUUUCCAGAUGAAAAAAAAUUUUAUACCAUAUAUUUAUUUGAUCUAAGCGAAAACCCUGAACAAGUUGUUUACCCAUUUCCAAAAUAUGAACCUAAAAUGGACCUUAAAUAGUUGUUACUUUCAGAACAAGCAAAAGAAACUCUUAUUAAUUUGAACUCGAACAUAAUUAAUCAUGAGAAAAUAUUCUUUUAGCAUUUACAAAAUUUGAAGAAUAAAUACAUACCUUAUUAGUAAAAGGUCAAACAAUUGGAAAAGAUUGGAUAAGAUUUGGAAAAUCAAAUUUAAUCCUUUGAUAUUGUAUUAAAAAUGAGUAGAACUACUUAUAAGAACACCAAAGCCAAGAAAGAGGAGUUGACAAAAAAAUAAAAAGAAUCUUUGGAAAGAAAUCUGUAAACGGUUAAGAAAUUUGACGACAGUUUAGAGUAACUAAAAAAAAUAGAAUUGCAUGCUGCAUUACAAACAAAUUCACAAAAAUAUUUAAGUGACAUUUAUUACAAACCAGAAUCAAUGCUUAAAUGGAAAAAUAGUUGUUUAAAUACUUAAUAAAAUUUAAAACAAAAAAUUGAUAAACUUAAUUAAGCAAUUUCCAAAUCAAAAUAAAAGAUAAAGAACGAAAAAACAGAAAACAUGACUCAAUGUUUAUCAAGCUACAAAGCAAAUUAACAAUAAUACUAAUAAUUCAUAUAAGAAAAUAAAUCAUUAUUGCAAUCUGUAGUCUAAUCCACUAUUGAUGAAUACAAUACUUUAAGACAAUAUAUGAUUGAUUUUUCAUAGGACAUUAACGAUGAACCAGCUAUGUAUUAUUUAUCUUAAUUUGAAUUAUCUUAAGAGCAAAUGAAAUAAUUUGAGGAUGCAGUUACUCAUAUCGGUGAUCAUUUAGAAAAAACUAAAUAAGUAUUUAUGUAAUUCACGUAAUUAAAAUAAUAGAAUAUGUCUAAGAUUUUGAAGGUAUUUUAAAACUUAAGAGCUCUUGACAAAGAAUUUGAAUAACAUAAUGAAAAAAUAAAAUAAUAUGAUGAGGAAGUGGAAAAAAUGGAGAAAGACUUUUCGUAUCUUUUGAAUCCUGUUUUAUUACCAUAAGCUUACUAAUAAGCUUUAAUAGAAACAAGCAGAAGGAAAGAAUUUAGAGAUAUUUUCGAUAAGAAAAUAAAAUCAUUAAUGUCAUUAAUAGAUCAAGAAAAGGACAAAAGGAAAAAAUUCUUAUAGUAGUAUGGUAGGAUAUUGCCAUAAGAUUUUAUUGGAUAACUAAAAAAUUUGACUCCAUCAAUCCAGAUUAUUAAUGCCUUUGCGGAUGCUGAAUUGCCAAACAUAACUGGUUUACACACUGACACAUUUAAGAAAAGAUAAGAUAAUGAUCUUGAUUAAUUAAAAUAAUAAAUAGAAGACUUGAAUUAGCAAUGCAAGCAAACUCAUCUUUUUUAUUAAGAGAAAACCACUAAGAAAUCUUCAACCUAUAUUGAUUUACUCUAAUUGACUGCCAAGAAUUCAAUGAAGAUGUUCAUUUAAAGGGCUGAAAAUAAACCAUUAUCAUCAAUUGAUAUCAAUACUGAUAAAUCCUAAAGAGAAAAUGAUUCAAAACUAAUAAACUUGAAGAAUGAAUUUAGUGAAUAAUUAAAUAAUCAGAAACAAGAAUAAGAAAAAUUGAAAAUAAAACUAUAGAAGUAAGAGUAAGAUUUUGAGUCCAAAUUAGUGGAAAUUGAUAAUAAAAAUAAUAUCAUUACAGAACUUUAGUAGAAAAUAGAAUCCCUCUAAAAUAACACUGUAAAAUUAAAGGACGAUUUAAAUAAAUAUGUAGGUAAAUGUGAGAAUUUAGAAAUUAAUUUAAUUUAAAAGAAUAGUGAAAUUUCUAAAUUACAAUAAUUGUAGAAAUAACUCAAUGAUCAAUUAACUUAAUCUAAACAAAUAUAAUAAGAUUUAAUUAAACACAAAUAGUCAAUCUAAUAAUAAUGCGAAACUCAAAAUGAUCAAAUUAAUGAAUUAGACUUGUUAAAUAAAUAAUAUUUACAGUAGGUGUAGGAUUAUUAUGAUUAAGUAGAAACUCUUUAAAACGAGAGUGAAAAGUUGAAAUCGAAACUUAAGAUGGUCGAAUUAGAAAGGGAUAAUAAAUAAAUUGAAUUGGAAAAACAAAUAUAAGUCUACAAUGAAUUAUUAGAAGAUUAUCUAGAAAAGAAUUCCUAAUUGGAUAAUUUGAAUUAAGACUAAAAUGAAUAGGUAUAAAAGGACUUGAAAUUAGAAGAAGAUCAAAAGGCUCUUUAAAACAAAAUAGACAAUUUGGAUUUAGCCUUACAACAGAAAAAUAAUGAUUUAAUUUUGAUGAAAAAUCACGAUUAAUUGCAAUUAUUGAAAGCACAAGAUGAUUUUAAAGAAAUACAACUAUAAUAUGAGGAUAAAAUUAAUUCUUUAACUUAAGAAAAUUUGGAUAUGACAAUUCAGAUUCAAUCCUUAAAAGGUUAGAUUGACUAUUUGAAUCAAAAACAGAAAUCGGAGAAUAUUAUUGAAGUACAAUAAAAACUCAAAUUAUCCGAUCCCUAAUUUUAAUUUGAUUUAUCUACAAUUCAAAUUGGCAAAUAGAGUAUUUUCAUUCCUGCUUAAAAUGAUGUUUAUGUUCCUUUAUUACUAAAAAAUAUCUAGGUUUCAAAUAUAUCUGAUGACUCCUUGUCAAACACUAGCAUAGAUUCAUCAAUAAAAUAAAAAUUAUAUAGAGUUUAAUUAACUUCAAUCCCAUAAACAUUAAGAGAAUUCAUUAUGGAUACUGGUUUAUUAUUCAUUUCAGAAGUUAGUAAUAUCACUGAAACAGAAGAGUACUUUUAGAUUAGUGUGAAAUAACCGAAUUAUAUAAUAGGAUUUGAAGGUUAGGAUAACUAGAUCAAAAGUUUUACUCUAUGA